UUGACUCGAUCGGGACGGUGAGAAAUUGACCAGACACGUCAUGACUGCUAGUCAAUUUCAGCUUGGCCAAAGCUUGGCGCGGAGAAGCCGGCUUUGGAGACCAAAGGCGCUGCUUUGGGGGUGCGCGCUUUGGGUCUCCCUGUGCCCUCCUCCGCCAUGUGCUGCUUUCAACCUGGACACGAAAUUCGUAAUCCUCAAGAGAGGCCGGACGCCGAACAGCUUCUUUGGCUUUUCAGUCGCUCUGCACAAUCGGACGAACCCGCAAGAAUAUCUGCUGCUUGCCGGAGCCCCUCGUGAUGUGGCCGAGGGGCUGCCAAAUGCCACGCGGACGGGUGCCAUGUAUGCCUGCCCAUUGACAGCUGCCACCAAUGACUGCCAGCGAGUGGACAUCAAGGUGUCAAGUGAACCCCACAGUAAUAUCGUCCAAGAUAUGUGGCUGGGGGUGACGAUAGCAAGCCAAAGAACGAGUUCUGGAAGAGUGAUGGCUUGUGCUCACCGCUACACCAGGGUCUUGUGGGCCGGCAACGAGGACCAGCGGCGCAUGGUGGGAAAGUGCUACGUCCGCGGCAACGACUUGAGCCUUCAGGAGGACGAUGACUGGCAGACUUACCACAACGAGAUGUGCAAUGCCAACACUGACUUUGAGGCGACGGGCAUGUGCCAGAUGGGUAUCAGUGGCGGGUUCACUGACAGCAACGUCUACUUUGGAGCUCCUGGGGCCUACAACUGGCAAGGAACCGACUACGUAAUCCAUCGAGAGAGCUGGGACCAAGCCGACAUCUACUAUCCGGAUGAGAAACACGGCAACAGCUAUAUAGGAUACACCAUUGAGGCAGGCGCUAAUGUAUUGCGCAACGCCAACGUCACCUUCAUCACAGGGGCCCCCCGCUAUAAUCACACCGGGGCUGUCUUCUUGAUGGUCUAUGAUGAGAGCAGGACCCUUCAGAAGAAACUGAUGAUCUCUGGAGAGCAAGUGGGCUCGUAUUUUGGUGGCUCCGUUGCUCUCGCUGACCUCAACAAUGACGGGUGGCAGGACUUGAUUGUUGGAGCACCCUACUACUUUGACCGGAAGGAAGAGAAAGGUGGGGCAGUCUACGUGUACAUGAACCUUGGUGGGACAUUCCACAACACCCCCAACCGCACCCUGACAGGACCAAGCAAUUCCUCUUUUGGCUUGGCUGUGGCCCACAUUGGAGAUGUUGACAAAGAUGACUUCCAAGAUAUUGCCAUUGGAGCUCCAUUUGAAGACUCGGGGAAAGUAUACAUCUACCAGAGCAGUAGCGAGAGACUGUUUGAAAAGCCUCAGCAGGUCAUUAGCGGGGAAGACAUUGACCCUGGCAUCACGACAUUUGGCUAUUCCUUCAGUGGUGGAAUGGACGUGGAUGGGAACUCCUACCCUGAUCUCCUGGUGGGAAGCCUCUCUGAAAACCUUGUGCUGCUCAGAGCCCGUCCAGUGAUCAACAUAGUCAGCAAGACUUUCACGGUUACUCCAACCACCUUGGACCCAUCCAGAUGUAAUGAAGACUCUUGCAUUGAGAUUCGGGUGUGCUUCUCCUAUUCCCAAAGCGCUGGGGAUCCCUCAUACAAAGAGAACAUCGAGCUGAAUUACAUUGUGGAAGCUGACCGGGUCCACCGGCCGCCUCGGGUGUACUUUCCAAGUACAAACACUGCUGUUUACCGGGGGAGACUAUCCAUGCCAAACAGGAAGUGUCAAAAUCUAAAGGUCCUUCUACGGGAUGACAUCCGGGACAAGCUGCAUCCCAUCGCGUUCUCCAUGAACUACUCACUGGCUGAAAAGCCCAUGCCCUUUCAGUUGGGUCUCCACUCUCUUGACAAGUUUCCCAUCUUGAAUGACGAUCAACGCCGGGAAGAACAUGCUGAGAUUCAGUUCCAGAAGGAAUGUGGGAUUGACAAUCUCUGCAACAGCAACCUGCAGGUUCAGGCUGUCUUUGUAAAUGAGCUGAACCAGAUGCUGCCCAGGCGGCAUGGCACUCAGGUGUUGCAAUACAGCCGGGAAGUCAAGAAACUGCACUUGAAUGUCACUGUCACCAAUACCCCAACAACAGCCACCAAUGGGGAGGAUGCUCACGAGGCCCUGCUCAAUAUCACUGUUCCUCCAUCGUUGCUGCCUUCCUCUGUCCGGCCGAGCGGGGCCUGCAGGUUUGAGGAGACAAUCCUGUGUGAACUGGGCAACCCCUUCAAGAAGAACCAGCGGGCAGAGCUGAUUAUCACGUUUGAAGUUAUUGGAAUUACACUGAACACCCAGGAGGUCGCCAUACAGGUGGAUCCUACCACGAUAAGCUUCCAGGAAAAUCUGGUGCCAGUAUGGGCAGUCUUGAUGGUGGACUACACAGUUGAAGCAACUUUGACAAUAGUCAAUCGGUGGCUCCAAUCUUAUUUUAGUGGGACGGUUAUGGGCGAAUCAGCCAUGAAGACUGAAGAGGACGUGGGCAGCCCCAUUGAACUUGACUUCCAAGUGACCACAAAGGGUGAAUCUCUGGGUUCCUUAGGAACUAUCACUUUAGGCUUCGAAUGGCCUUAUGAAGCCAGCAACGGCAAAUGGCUGCUCUACCCUACGGAGAUCCUGGUAAAAGGGAAUGAGAACCGGCACUGUGAGCCUCCUGGGCAAGUUAUUAACUACCUCAACCUUACACUAUUUGAUGGUGGCAGGGCACGUCGGAAGCGAGAGCUGGAGGCCUCUCCAAACACCGAACUUCCUGUCACCUUGGCAGCUUCAAAGAAGGCCAAAUCAGAAACGUCACUGAGCUGCUCCAAAGGCACAUCUCGCUGCAUCUGGUUUGAGUGCCCGCUCCAAGACAUCGGGGCCUUGGCAAAUGUGAUCGUCCGAGCACGAGUCUGGAACAGCACAUUCAUCGAAGAUUACAACAACUUUGACCGUGUGAAGGUGGACGGUCAAGCCACCCUGUUUCUCAGGACAAACACCUCCACCAUCAACAUGAAAAACCACACUGUGUGGUUCUCUGUGAACAUUGAUUCAGAAAUCAGCGAAGAGCAGCCGGCUGAGAUUGAGCUAUGGCUGGUGCUGGUUUCCAUAGCGGCAGGCCUUUUGCUUUUGGGGAUCAUUGUCAUCGUGCUGUGGAAGUGCAACUUUUUCAAGCGGACCCGCUACUACCGAAUCAUCCCCAAGUACCACGCCAUUCGGAUCCGGCAGGAGGACCGCUACCCGCCCGCCGGCGGCUUCCUGCCUGCAAAGCACAAAAAGCAAUGGGUUACAAGCUGGCAGGAACCGGGGAGAUACUACUGAUGCUUGCUUGCCGCCCCCUUUCCGGCCCUGCCUCUUCACUUAAGGGGCCUGCACCAGUUGUCUUCUGUAAAUACCGCUGGACUGACAAAAUAACUGUUUAUUUAAACCUAACUUAUGUGAUCCAAGUUGGGGGGGGGGUACCUCAAAUCCUUCCUCAGACACUG